UCGCCAAUCAUCGGUUGUUGGUGGCAUGUUGUUGUUUGUAAGGUGAGCGCACAAACACACACAGGCACGCACACAUGCACACUCCUCCUGCACAUCUUCACCAAGAUCACACCACCCUGGGGUUCUGCCGUGACAACGACACGCCCUCGUGCAUGACCAGCUUUUGUACCUUUCCUUCAUACUGAAUACAAGCUGAUCAAUACCUUCUUAUUCUUCUUAUUAUGGGGCAAACCGAGUCGCGGCUGCCACGCCGCACAAGCUCGGCUUUUCUUCUGAAGCCAAAGACAGAAAUCCACACAAGCGCAUGCCACACGCACGACCACCUCGCGCACGGCAUGGCCUGUAUGCAAGGCUGGCGCGCGCACAUGGAGGAUGCGCACGUGAUGCGGGCGACGCUGCCCGGGCUCGACGGCUGGGCCUUCUACGCCGUCCUGGACGGGCACGCGGGGAAGAAGGUAGCAGAAAUCUCCGGGAACAAGCUCGCGGGCACCGUGCUGUACGAGAUCCUGCCUGUUCGCGACAGCAUCCAAGGGGUACAGGCGGCGCUGCGGCGGUCGUUCAUCAAGCACGACCAGAUGCUCGUGCGCAACCCGGAGGUGCUCAAGGACCGCUCCGGUAGCACGUGCACGAGCGUGCUCAUCACCCCGACCCACUUUGUCUUCGCCAACGUCGGCGACUCCCGCAGCGUGCUGGCACGGGAAGGGCGGCUGGCCUUUGCAACCAUGGACCACAAGCCCACGCUCUCCCAGGAGCGCGCGCGCAUCACCAACGCGGGCGGGUGCGUGCUGAAUGGUCGUGUGGACGGCGGCCUCGCCGUUUCCCGCGCCUUUGGUGACUUUGACUACAAGAUGCGAUCGGACCUGAGCCUGCUGCAGCAGAAGGUGUCGCCGGAGCCAGACAUCACCGUGGUGGAGCGGUGCCGGGAGAAGGACGACUUCCUGCUGCUUGCCUGCGACGGCAUCUGGGAUGUGAUGAACAACCACACCGCGGUUCGCCACGUGCAGCAGCAGCUGCGCAAGACAACCGGUCACUUGGGCAACGUGUGCCACUCGCUUGUCAAGCGGUGCUUCUCCCUCGGCAGCCGCGACAACAUGUCUGCGGUGGUGGUGCUGUUCAACAAGGAGCACGCCCCCGCCGCCAGCAUCGUCGUGCCAACCGCCAUAUCCAAGGGCGGCACCAGCGGCAAGCAGCACAUCGAGGGCGAGCAGGAGGAAGAGGAGGGGGACCGCAUGGACAGCGGGGUGAGCACGAGCCCACCGGCCGGCACAGGGCAGCGUGCGGGCCAGGUGGAGACGCUGGAGCAGAUGGCUGAGCGCAUUGCCGCAUCUGUUGCGUUCAGCGCCAUUGCCAGUGGCAUUGAGGAGAUAGUGGAGACGCGCGCAACAUCUGUUGUUCCGCAGCGUGCGGUUGCAGUUGGGGAGGGCGCGGUGCUCACAACGCACUUUGAGGCAACUGCGCAGUCCGACGGAACAGCGGUGGCGACUACAACCACGACAGCGACAGGGGCGAGGGUCGUGGUUGCAGAGGCGGCAGGUGCGAAUGGAACGCGUGGUGCGAAUGGAACGCGUGGCGUGGAUGGUGUGGUGGCUGCAUCCAUGUCAUCAACGUCAAACGCAACGCAGUCGGAUAUCAUGGGCACAACGACCACAACGACCACGAGCAAAACAACUACAUUCGUCGCAGCCAUGUCUGCUGCGAACAACAGCGAGGAAGCGGACGGCAGUGCUGCGGCGUUAGCCAGCGAGAAGCACGCCGUGCACGUCACAAAUGACGAUGCGCGCGAUGCAAUGGCAAUCCUGUCUGUCAUAUCAGAGGCGGAGAACGAGGGCGAGAGCGAAGACGAGGAGGAGGAGGAGGAGCGUGACGGCGUGGAUGCCAGCGGUGCCAGCGGCGACGACAGCGACUAUGACGAGGAUGGUCGAUAUGACACGCGCUCCGAAGACUACGGCUACAUGGAGAUUGGCGUCGAGGACGAAGUGGAGGAAGACGUGCCGACAACUGGUGGUGCAGAAAGUGAGCAGCACGAUGCUGUCACACCCGCUCACGCGUAGCCGGUGGGGAGGGAUGCUCCGCAGCGCCCAUUCGUUUGCGUCGCGUGUGCCCUCGGCUCACCCCUGACUGGACUGGACUCUACUUAACGACCACCAUACUGACACUCAUAUUGCUUGCUUUCUUGCUUUGCUUUGGUUGCUUCAUGGCUCUUGGCUCGCUUUUUCUAGAUUCGUUGUAUCGUUUGCUUGUUGGAUUGCUCCCCUUGUUCUCUUGCUUGCUGUUGCGUGUACUUUGUUCACUUGCUUGCUUUUCUCUCUUUGCCGUGUUGUUGCGUUGGUGCGUCAUAGCAUGUCAUGUCACCAUGCCAUGUCAUGUCGCCGCUGCUGCUUGCUGUCGUCUGGUUUGUUGCGUUAGGUUUUGUGAUCAGUGUGAUAUCGUGUUCUGGCUCGCUCGCUUCCGUGCCUGUUCGUUAAGUUUUGUUGCGUUGUUGGAUGAUAAGCAGACCGGUCGAAUGUAAACGCUUCCUCCAAACAAC